CUCCUCCUCCUCCUCCUCUUCUUCUUCUUCUUCUUCUGUUGGUGCUCUUUACUCUGCUCCAAAACCUCCUCCGCUUGUGCUCGACAAGCCUCACGCAGACCGCCAUCAUCAUCGUCAUCACCAUCACCAUCUUCUUCCGAGCUCCACUGCUCUGUAGCAGAGGCAUGUUGCACAACAAGUCCUUCGUCAGGAAGACCAAGUCCGGCAAAAUCACAAAGAACGUGAGAGAACACUACCUUAGGGAUGACAUCUACUGCGGAGUUCCCGCUUGCAAGUCCUGCGACUCUUCCGCUGCUCGGCUGAGCGCCUGUCCCUCCACCAUACUCAUCUUGGACACCAAUGUCGUCCUCAACCAGAUUGAUUUGAUUGAGAAUCCGGCGAUAGAUGAUGUGGUCGUGCUGUCGAUUGUGCUCCAAGAGGUUAGGAACAAAAACAUGGCUGUUUACAAUAGAGUCAGGGCACUCUGCAGCAACUCGGCGAGGAAGUUCUUUGUUUUCUCCAAUGAACACCACAAGGAUACAUUUGUCCAGGAUAUGGCCGGUGAAAGUAAAAAUGAUAGAAAUGACAGAGCGAUACGAGUGGCAGCUCAAUGGUAUCAGAAUCAUCUCGGUGGUGUGGCAAAGGUUUUGCUUAUAACCAAUGAUAGAGAGAAUAAAAGGAAGGCAAUGGAAAUGGGCAUUUCUGCAGAAACCAUUGAGACAUAUGUAAAAACGUUGGGUCAACAGGAUUUGCUUGACUUGCUUGUGCGCCCUCCAUCAGAAGAUGUAGUCAUGGAAGAAGUUGAAGAUUUAAGGCCAUCGAAAAGGAAGGUCAUUUAUGCUGAGCACAAGCCCAUGUCUGAAAUUACUUCUGGAUUGCAUCGUGGGAUAUAUCAUCAAGGGAAACUUCGUGUUAACCGAUACAAUCCAUUUGAAGCAUAUGUGGGAAGUGAAAGUAUAGGUGAUGAAAUAAUUAUAUAUGACCGGACAAACAUGAAUAGAGCUUUUGAUGGCGAUAUAGUGGCAGUGGAACUUCUGCCCCAAGAGCAGUGGCAAGAGGAGAACUCCUUAUCUUUAGCUGAUGAAGAGCAUGAGGAAGAAGAUGUUCAUUUAGUUCCUGGCAGUGCGGAUGAUGCGCCUAGGACAGCAAAUCCAGGACAAGGAUCUGGUGCCAAUGCUGAUUUACCUUCCUCUCGUCCAUCUGGCCGAGUAGUUGGUAUCAUAAAGAGAAAUUGGCAUUCUUAUUGUGGAUCUUUGGAGCCCAUGCCAAUGCCAGCAGGUGAUGGGGGUGUUGCUCAUGCGCUAUUUGUCUCCAAAGACCGCAGAAUUCCAAAAAUUCGUAUUCAAACACGGCAGCUCGGGAAUCUUGUGAGUAAGAGAAUCGUUGUGACUGUUGAUUCUUGGGACCGUAUGUCCCGGUAUCCUUCUGGGCAUUAUGUACGGACGAUAGGAGAAAUAGGCGAUAGAGAUACUGAAAGUGAGGUGGUCUUAAUAGAGAAUGAUAUAGAUGCAAGACCUUUUUCUUCUCAAGUUCUGGCUUGCUUACCUCCAUUACCAUGGUCAGUCUCCUCGGAAGACUUGGCUAAUCCUAUCAGACAGGAUUUGCGGCACAUACGUGCAUUUAGCGUGGAUCCUCCAGGAUGCAAAGACAUCGAUGAUGCAUUACAUUGUACUGCUCUUCCAAAUGGAAAUUUUGAAGUUGGAGUGCAUAUUGCUGAUGUGACGAAUUUUGUGCACCCGGGGACUCCCCUUGAUGACGAGGCUUCACAGAGAGGCACAUCAGUUUACCUUGUUGAGCGCCGGAUAGACAUGCUCCCAAAACCUUUGACAGAAGACAUAUGUUCACUUAGAGCUGAUGUGGAGAGGCUAGCUUUUUCGGUUAUCUGGGAGAUGACACCUGAAGCUGAGAUAAUCUCUACAAGAUACACAAAAAGCAUCAUCAAAUCAUGCGCAGCAUUGUCUUACAUUGAAGCUCAAGCUAGGAUGGAUGACAGUCGAUUAGUGGAUCCUUUAACAACAGACCUGAGAAAUAUGAAUGCAUUGGCAAAGAUAAUGAGACAGAGGCGUAUUGAAAGAGGAGCCUUAACCCUUGCUUCUGCUGAAGUAAAAUUUCAAAUCGAUACUGAGACUCAUGAUCCUCUAGAUAUAGGAAUGUACCAAAUUCGCGAAGCAAACCAAAUGGUGGAGGAGUUUAUGCUUGCUGCUAAUGUCUCUGUUGCAGAAAAGAUCCUUAAACAUUUUCCUGUGUGCUCUCUGUUAAGGCGCCAUCCUACACCUACAAAAGAGAUGCUUGAACCUUUACUGCGCACAGCAGCUGCUGUUGGUGUCAACUUGGACGUUUCAACAUCUAGGGCACUGGCUGAUUCUCUUGAUCGUGCAGUGGGAGAUGAUCCAUAUUUCAACAAACUGAUACGGAUAUUGGCAACCAGAUGCAUGACACAAGCAGUAUACUUUUGUAGUGGUGACUUAAGCCCUCCAGAAUAUCAUCAUUAUGGUCUUGCAGCCCCUCUAUAUACUCAUUUCACCUCACCCAUUAGAAGAUAUGCAGAUGUUAUUGUACAUAGGUUGCUUGCUGCAUCAUUAGGAAUAUACAAGCUUCCCACAGUGUUCCAAGACGCAGCUCAGCUCACUAGCAUCGCUGACAACUUGAAUUAUCGACAUAGGAAUGCCCAGAUGGCUAGUAGGUCCUCAGUGGAGCUCCAUACUCUCGUCUACUUCAGAAAACGGCCUACGGAUACAGAAGCAAGAAUAGUGAAGAUAAGAUCCAAUGGUUUCAUCGUCUUUGUUCCCAAGUACGGCAUAGAAGGGCCGGUUUACUUGACGGAACGAAGCGAGAAAGGAGAAGGAGAGUGGUUCAUGGAUGAGCAGCAGCAGCAGAUUCGGAAGAUGGAUGGCAGUGUUACGUAUGGUGUCCUGCAGAAGGUUCAGAUUCAUUUGGAGGUUGUGGAGCCCCAGCCUAAUCGCCCGAAACUCCAACUCACCCUUAUUUAAUCCGUUUUCUUAUUCGGAAAAACGAAAAAGGAAAAGGGCCAAGAAGAGUAGAUUCAAAUGAUUGCACCCUCAAGUUAUUUAAAGUUGUAGUUUGUACAGCCACACUAAUUACUUGUGACCCGAGGUUUUUUCUUUUUAAUAUUUUAAAUGUAGUUUCUUGCUGACCAUUUCGGCGAGUUUGCAUGAGAUUUCGGCGGGAAAUGUAGUUGCACUGUAACGGAGAUAUACAAAAUGCAUGCACCAGAUGUGGAGAAGUUUUGUUUCUUUUAAUUUCAAUUGUGUUGUUACGCUUAAACAUUAAGGCUACCUUGAUUGACAUUGGCAUUACAUGAUGUAACAGUUUCCUGCAUUUUUCCUUAUUUGAUUAUUACAUAUAUA